CCCAAAUGGGGCCAACCUGUGGGCGUCUUCUUGUUCUUGUGCAAAAGGGAAAGCGCUUUAUUUCAUCCGGAAAAUCACAUAAUGAAAAUAUUUAUUGCAAAGUGACAUUGGGACCUCAGGAACAACAAACUGAUAUUGCAAAAGAAAACAUUAAUAACGGCAAUAUUCCCCAAAGUGGUAUACCACAAAUACCUUCUCUUGUGUGGAAUUACAGUAUGCAAUUUCAGUUAAGGAAUAUUAACCAAGAAGUGCUUACGUUUGUUGUGUUGGAACAAAAUCCAUUUGCGCCAGACGAGUUUUUAGGUAGAGCUGAACUGAAAUUGAAGGAUAUACUGAAAGAAUCGCAAAAUCACAAUGGUCCAAUAACUAAAAAAUUAAUUUUACAUCAAGUUGAAUCCGGAGAACUUGUUGUUAAAUUGGAUUUACAUCUAUUUAAUAGCUAUUAGACGAAAUAUUGUUUUUGUUUAAGAUUUUACUGUAGAUAAUAUAUUUGUAUAGUUCUGUUAAUGUUAUUAAUUCUCUAUUUUUAUACUGUUAUAUUUGAUGUUUAAUAAUUUGUAUACAACCUUUAUUCAAUCAAAUUUCACUUGCUCACUAUAUACAUAUUUAUACAAAUAUUUUUUGAUUCAUCGUUUACGGUGAUAAUAUUUUGUUUCAUUUAUAUGUAUGAUUAGUAUUAUUAUCUGACAAUACAUAUAAUCAUACUAUUGUAUGCUUCUCUGCAGUAUUUAUAACAAAAUGUAAUAUUUGUAAUAAAAAAAUACAUGUAUGUAAUUGCUA